GACUUUGACUUGACUGCUUAUUGAGGGUAGAUACCACUACCACCUAAUAAUAACUAUGCCUACUAAGUACCUACCUAUUACCUGGAAAUUAUCUAAGAGAAAUGAGCUAAAAAUAAUUAAUGCUUAAAUUACGUGUCCACGUGAUAUUGGUUUCAGUUCGCUGAAUAAAAUAUGUUAUGCAUCAAAUUUGAAGGCUACAACUACAGUGCAUAACAAUGGAGAUACCUUACAGGAAAAUUUUUAUUUAUGUUUUAACCUUCGUAGCCUACGCCUACACAGGUGUAGGUUCGAAUAUGUUAAGAAAUUUAAAGGAUGCUGUAUUAUCAGCAGAAUCUGUAUUUGGGGAUAUGCUAGGAAAUGUAAUAAAGGUGGCUGAGAAAUUCAGAUCAUUACAUGAAGUAUUUGAUGCGGCAGUUGAGGAAGAAUGCAUUUAUACAUGUCCAGAAGGUGUUAAACCAACUCGUAACAAAAAUCAUGUGCCAAAGGCUGAUGGCUGUGGUUCUUUAGGGUUGAACAUAUCGCCCGAAUACCUUCCAUUGGAUCUGAUGACAAACUGUUGUAACACACAUGAUAUAUGUUAUGAUACUUGUAACAGUGGGAAGGAAAUUUGUGAUCUAGAGUUUAAGAGAUGUCUAUAUAACUAUUGUGAUACUUAUAAAUCUGUUAAUGUUGCUGGUGAAACAUUAUCAAAAGGAUGCAAAGCAGCAGCCAAACUACUAUUCACUGGCACACUCACACUUGGUUGUAAAUCUUAUUUGGAUGCCCAGAAGAAUGCAUGUUAUUGUUCUCCACCUAAGAAUAAUAAGUAUAAAAAAUAUUCUGGCGCUGGAGAAUUAUAAGUGUUAUUGUUACAGUUUGUGUCCAGUAAUAAUUAUUUAGAAAUUGUUUUAAUUUACAAAAUUGUCUUGGGUUUAUGAAGUGGGGUAACAUAUUUUUCCUUUUGCCUUUGUUUCUUUUUACAAAUAAGGUCAUUAUUUAAUAAAAAGGAACAUUAUUUUAGUAACUGUAUUUCAUAUGUCUGUAUGUGGUCUCUACUCUAGUCUUUAAUAGUGAGAUAAAGGUAUCAUAAUGAUUAUAAAACAAAACAUACAAUGUUGUUUUGGUCAAGGCGGUUGGUGGUGUGUUGGUAUUUUCUUUGUUGAAUUUUUAUAUUAAAGUAAAAAUACUACAUAGUUUGGGAGUA